AUGCGAUCGUCCAUUCUACCUUUCGCUUUUCUGAGUGCUACCGUUUCGGCUCAGCUUCUUGUACCCCUCAUAAGGAACCCCUCGACACCACAACCCUUUGAUCGCGAACAAGCGCCUCUCAUGGACCCCGCUGGCCCCGGGCCUGCAAUGCCCCCGUCGGGGCCCUCUCCUGCUGAACCACCGACAGGUGCCGGGGGAGGCGUUGUUUUGUCCGAUGUGAUGAGCCGGGAUAGGAGCAUCAAUCUAUUCGCAGGGUUCGUACGAGACAUCGAAUCCGCCGCGCGCCGCUUAGAAGACAACUCCCACAACACAACAGUGCUCGCCCCACUCAACUCGGCGGUCGAGAAGCUCCCUCGGAAACCGUGGGAGGACCCUCGAGAAUACGGCGCGCUCGGUCCGAACGCAUACGAGGGCGGAGAAGGCCACGAGAGAGCUCAGCGCAACCUGCGACGGUUCGUGGAGGCGCACCUAGUACCUGCGAGCCCCUGGAAAGAAGGCGAGAAGGUCAAAACAAUUGGGGGUAAUCAGGAGAUAUGGUGGGAAGAAAAGGACGGAAUACGUCUGAUUCAGCCGGGUUCGAUCAAGAUCGUUGGUGUCGCAGGGAAUGUUGAAAACGGCCAAGUGCACUUCCUAACGUGUGAGAAGCAGGGCAAAUCCCCAGUGCCGCAUCCAGUGUACGCAGCGACUGCACACCAAAACCCGAGAUUACGGCUAGCAGUGAUCAUGAAGACGCAGGCAAAGAGGUUAUGGGGAGGACACGGAAGUCAAACGAAGGCCAUGGACGGACGUGGGCUCGACCAACGGAGUUGUCUUAUUACUGCGUUACCGGCAGCAUUGCGUUUCCGACAAGGCUUCGCGCAGCCCGACAUUAUGAAUAGCCAGCCGCUGCACGCCGGUAGCGGCUUCGACCGCGACCGUGACCUCGACGAGCAACGCCAUCGCGCUCACCACCAAGACGAUCUUGCUAGACGCGAGAGAGAGCGCGAGCGCGACAGAGAAGAAGCUGAGCGCCACCAUCGCGAACCGUACCCGCCUGCCACCGCCUCCGCCGGCCCCCACCACAGCACUGCUGGCUCGUUGCCUAUCCACCAACCCGUCGCAUCUAGGAUCUCAAACUCAAUCACCGGUCCCGGUGGUCUCCUCGCGAACCACGGAAGCUCGGCUCCAUCGCUGCCCAUCAGUGGUCCGUCUGCGCCCGGCCCUAGCUUCAGCGGGACGCUGCACAACGAAGCCGGCCGGCCUCCGCAACAAGGCGCCCAGCCAGCCGCAGGGGGCGCUCAACACCAGAUCUUCGCUCCGAUGACCCAUGCGCCAGGCGGUUCCAACGGUUCUACCAAUUCCCUUGGUGGCCCAGGCGGGCCCGGCGCCAUAUUCGGGGGUCCCCUCCAGCAGGAGAAUGGCCGGGGAAUGCCGCAGGACGGCGCCAGGGCCAUGCAGCAGUUGCCUUUCGGGUCCAGCAUGGGGCCCGGGCAUGCUGCUCCAUCAGGACCUGGCGGUAUGCCCCAAGGGCAGCAGCCGAUACUGAACGAUGCGUUGAGUUAUCUUGACCAAGUGAAAGUCCAGUUCCACGAACAACCGGACGUUUACAACAGGUUUCUUGAUAUCAUGAAAGACUUUAAAAGUCAAACCAUCGACACACCCGGUGUGAUCAGCAGGGUGUCCGAACUCUUUGCUGGGCAUCCUAACUUGAUCCAAGGCUUCAACACCUUCCUGCCCCCAGGAUAUCGCAUCGAAUGUGGCUUGGAGAACAACCCGAACAGCAUCCGCGUCACAACGCCCUCGGGUUCUACGAUCCACUCGAUCGGCGCGGGACGAGCGACCCAACACGAAACAGCACAGCCAGGAGGAGGGCCACCACAAGGGUUCUUGAACUCAAGAUCGGGAUGGCAGCCACCUUUAUCACAUGGUGCAGAUAGCCCGGAAGCAACGUUUAGUGUGCCAGCGCAGAACGGCCCUUCCGGUUUCCCGGGGUCGAACCAGGGUGUCCCGUUUGACAGCGCCAGCCCGAUUCAACAGAGGUCGGUCCCCGCCACCCAAAACGGCACUCCGAUGAACCAGGUUCCCGUUCCGCGAACCGCGCAGACGCCCACUCCCACUGCCGGGCCCCCCAGUGCAAACGGCAGCACUGCCCAGCAAGCCAGUUUGGAGAAGCGCGGCCCUGUCGAGUUCAACCACGCCAUUAGCUAUGUCAACAAGAUAAAGAAUCGUUUCCAGGAUAAACCCGAAAUCUACAAGCAGUUCCUGGAAAUUCUCCAGACGUACCAACGCGAACAAAAACCGAUCCAGGACGUCUACUCGCAGGUGACGAGCCUUUUCCACACGGCCCCCGACCUUCUCGAAGACUUCAAACAAUUUCUCCCCGAAUCUGCCGCCCAGACCCGAUCGGCUGGCCAACGUGCCGAGGAGAGCAUGGCAAUACCGGUGUCUACACCCACACCACAGCCGGGACAUGCUGCUCGCGACGGCCCGAAGAUGCCUCCGGUCGGCAACUUUGCGCCGCCCGCCAGCGCCAGCAAAGAAAACAAAAAACGUCGGCCCGACAAAACAGUCUCUGGUGGCCCCUCCAGCUCUGCUGAGCUGACACAAAUGUCGGGCAUGCGUGGGACACUUCCGCCUGCCCCGGCCAACAAGCGGGCGAAGCUAUCCCACAAGCCCAAUGCUGCCGAGACGGCCUUCAUCGAGCCCACAUUGACCCCCGUCCUACCCGAGCCCCUGGCGCCCACACCGCUCGCAGUGUCGACCCAGGAGGACCUGGCAUUCUUCGAGAAGGUGAAGAAGCACAUCGGCAACCGGACAGCGACGACGGAAUUCCUUAAACUGCUGAACCUUUGGACCCAGAAUUUGAUUACCACAGAGGUCUUGAUCUACAAAGCCAACCAAUUCAUGGGCGGCAACCCUGAACUGCUCGGUGCCUUGAAGGCCAUGCUCGGCCAAGGCGCCGCCGAUGAGGCAAUCGAGAACCGUCCAGAGCCACCUACGGGCCGGGUUUCCCUCAGCAAUUGCCGUGGGUUCGGCCCCAGCUACCGGUUGCUACCAAAGCGGGAACGCCUGAAGCCAUGCUCCGGCAGGGACGAACUUUGCCAGUCGGUUCUCAACGACGAAUGGGCGUCGCAUCCGACGUGGGCCUCGGAAGAUUCUGGCUUCGUCGCCCAUCGCAAAAAUGCUUACGAGGAAAGCCUCCACCGUAUCGAGGAAGAGCGACACGAUUACGAUUUCUUCAUCGAGGCGAACCAGAAAUGCAUACAGCUUCUGGAGCCGAUCGCACAGCAGAUGCUAUCGCUGCCUACCUCGGAGAGGCCCAAUUUCAAGAUGCCGGCCGGCCUCGGCGGACAGAGCACGUCAAUCUACAAGAGGGUUCUGAAGAAGAUUUACGGUGCCGAAAAGGGUUGUGACGUGGCCAAUGAUAUGUUCAAGUACCCCUUUACGGUGGUGCCCGUCGUCAUGGCGCGUUUGAAGCAGAAGGACGAGGAAUGGCGGUUUACUCAGCGAGAAUGGGAGAAGGUUUGGCAGAGCCAAACCGAGUUGAUGCACCUUAAGAGUCUGGACCACAUGGGAAUUCAAGUCAAGACCAAUGACAAGCGCAGCCUGUCGGCAAAGCACCUCGUCGAUAUGAUCAAAACGAAGCACGAGGAGCAGCGCCGCAUCCGGGUCGGCAAGGGCAAGACUCCUCGCUACCAGUUCUCGCAUCAGUUCUCGGAUGAGGAACUCGUCCUGGAUUUGCUCCGCUUCAUGGUCAUCUUUGCCAACGUCGGUGGCCAACAUAACACGCAGGAACGGAGGCGGAUCGUGGAGUUCUUCGAGUCAUUCAUCCCUCAGUUCUUCGACCUUGCCGAGGACAAGGUCUCGGAGAAGCUGGCGGACAUUGACCAAGACUCGGCCGAGGAGGACGAGGACGACACGGCCCCUAUGGAGCUCACCAACGGCCGCAGCCGUCGCAAUGGCAAAAAGUCGGAUCUUCUCCGCGGCGUCUUGGACCCGAGCCGCAAUGGCAGCCGCAGCCGUGGCCAGAAAGAGGACAGUGCGGCAUCUGGCAGCAAGGAGACCACACCCGACGUGGGAUCGGCCAACGAGGAAGAGAUGCCGGACGCGCCGGAGGACUCAUCGGUCCCGGAGGUAUCGAAUGGCCGCUGGUUGCCUACGGUCCCCGGCCCCAUCAUUGUGGAGAAGGGCAAGGGCGGCAGAGGAUCCGACCUCGUCGACGUGGAUGGCGAGCUCAAGGCGGAUGCGCCGUUCCCGCGGGCGUGGUACAACUUCUACUGCAACCAGAACAUUUACGUCUUCUUCACCGUCUUCCAGACUCUGUUCAAACGGCUCGAAGACGUCAAGCUGAGCAAGGAUAGCGUCAUUGAAGAGAUCAGGCGCGAAAACGCAGAGAAGCCGGCUAAGACGCUCGGCCUCGUCCACGAGGGCCUGCACUACUUCGACAGCGAGGAUCCCGCGACCUUCUGGCCCAAGACAAGGGAGCUGAUUGAAGAUUUUGUUACGGGCGAGAUUGACGAGAAUCGGUUCCAGGAGGUGCUGCGGCAUUAUUACCUUCGUAAGGGAUGGAAGUUGUACACGAUCCAGGAACUACUCAAAACACUGUGCCGCAUCGCGCUGAGCUGCAACAACCCUGAUGCCAAGGGCGAGAAGACCAAGGAGCUUGUAAAGGCGUAUCUGGACAGUCGUCAGCAGACUGAGACAAGCUUCCAGAACGAGAUCAGCGCCCGCAAGUUCGCCGAGAAGUGCAUCAAGGAUGGCGAGAUGUUUGUGAUUUCAUGGUACCCUGCCAAGAAAGAGUCGACGGUCCGGUGGCUGCAAAAGGACGAGACGACCUUCUACAUGGACGAGAUGGAGCGGGUCCAGCAGUGGCAGUACUACAUCUCGUCGUACAUGCGGGUGGAGCACACCGAGGGCGUUGUCCGGUCGCGUCUGCAAAAAGUGCUCUUGGAGCGCAACCUGCCGUCGGACGCUGCUCGAGACUCGUCGGACGAUGACUACAUGAACAAGCCGCUGGUCAUCCAGGAGAGUCUGGUGGUUAGGAUCUGCCUGAACUCGUCCAAGAUGGUCUUUGAGAAGGGCACGGGCGACUCCCUCGUCUAUGCCCCCAGCCAGCCCGCUACGGCCGAGGUGGCCAAGGAGGUCAAAGACAAGGAAUCGUUCCGGCGGGAAAUCCUCGGCGAGAAGCUCAAGGAGAAGAUGGUGACGAAUAAUGCGUGGAUGAAGGGGCUGAGCCACGAGGACGUCCAGAAAGUCAACAACGAGUUCCAGAAGUGGAAAGAGACGGAGUUGCCGGAACAGGACGACGCAGCCGAUAUUACAAUGGAGGGAUAA